AUGAAAAUGGCAGGGAGAGAAUCCGGUAGGAUUAAGGAUGCGUAUCAAAAGCGAAUGCUGGAUGAAGCUGCUCGUAAAAGAAGACAAAGAAAAGCUUUAGAAGCUUUGGAGCAGGACAAUUUUCAUGAUGAUCCUCAUGCAGAUCUUGUUAUGAGUAAAAAAGCUCCCAAGUUUCAAGAAUCUCUAGAAGGUCGUGGAAGUUCGAGAAAAAAAAAAACUCGGUCUGCGGAGUAUUACAAGCAGCGUUAUCGUAAGACUUUUUCUCAGUUAGUUGAAGAAGAUGCAAACAAUAAUCCAAAUCCACCGAAUUAUUCUUCAGCACAAGCACCGCCUUCGAAAUUUCCGGAGAGACAUUUCUGUGCCGUCUGUGGCUUUCCUAGUAAUUAUACUUGUAUCCCAUGCGGAGCUAGAUAUUGUUCUGUUAAAUGUUUAGGUACUCAUUUAGACACGCGUUGUCUCAAAUGGACAGCAUGAAAUAUUUUUAUCUUCAUUCGAAAUAAACGUUUUUUUAUUUUUACUUAUUCAAUAAAAUAUUAUAAAUUUAAAUUUAUAA